UUUUUUUUUUUUUCUCUCCUCCUCCUGUGCCCUUUUUCUUCUCCAAGUCCCCUGUUUUCCUCCCGUCCUAUUUCUAUCUCUCUCUCGUACACAUAUAUUAAGACGUUCGGGUUCUCUCUUUCUCGGGUUUCAUGCGGAGUUCUGUAGCUCUGGAGAUGGAUGAUGAUGAGUAUGCUAAGCUGAUUAGAAGGAUGAAUCCCCCAAGGGUUGUGAUAGACAAUGAUGCUUGCGAUAAUGCAACUGUUAUUAGGGUACAUAGUGUUAACAAGCAUGGAUUUCUCCUUGAAGUAGUCCAAGUCCUCACUGAUCUGAACCUCAUCAUCACCAAGGCUUAUAUAUCCUCAGAUGGGAGUUGGUUCAUGGAGGUCUUUAAUGUGACCGACCGCGAUGGGAAUAAAAUCCGGGACAAAGAGAUCAUCUCCUGCAUACAAACAUCCGUCGAAUCAGAUGCCUGCUUCUUCCCCGCACUCAGGAAUUCAGUCGGCAUAAUGUCGUCUGCAGAGAAUACAUCGAUUGAGCUAACAGGAACCGACAGGCCUGGCCUGCUUUCUGAAAUAUUUGCUGUGCUUGCUGACUUGAAUUGUAAUGUGGUGAAAGCAGAGGUCUGGACUCACAACACCAGAGCUGCGGCGGUGGUUCAUGUCGCUGAUGAGUCGACAAGGGGUGCAAUUGAGGACCCUCAGAGGCUCUCCACAAUCAAGAAAUUCCUCUUCAAUGUCCUUAAAGGGGACAACACCUCAAGAACUGCUAAGAUGAUCGUCUCGACGGCGGCGCUCACCCACACAGAGAGGAGGCUGCAUCAAAUGAUGUUUGAUGAUCGGGACUAUGAGAGAUUAGAUAUGACUGGAGAGGGAGAUGACAAAUCUAGGCCUCGAGUUGCUAUAAUGGACUGCUCUGAAAAGGACUACACUACAGUCAUCUUGAGGUCCAAGGACCGGCCCAAGCUUCUGUUCGACACUGUUUGCACCCUCACGGACAUGCAGUAUGUUGUGUUCCAUGGAACGGUCCACACAGGAAGCUCAGAAGCUUAUCAGGAAUAUUACAUAAGGCAUGUUGAUGGCCUCCCCAUAAGCUCAGAGGCCGAAAGGCAGCGCGUGAUUCAGUGCCUUGAAGCAGCCAUCGAGAGACGGGCCUCAGAGGGAUUGGAAUUGGAAUUGAGGACAGAGGACAGGGUUGGGCUUCUCUCAGACAUUACAAGGAUAUUCCGAGAGAAUGGCCUGUGUAUAAGGCGAGCAGGUAUAUCAACAAUUGGAGGCAAAGCUGUGGACACUUUCUACCUCUCCGAGAUGUCAGGCAACCCUGUGGAAGCCAAGACCAUAGAUUCAUUGCGCAAUCAAAUCGGUCAGACAAUUUUGAAGGUGAAGCAGAAUCCCUUGCCUCCUACACCUCCUGAGGCAGCGAGCACCACCGGAUUCCUCUUCGGAAAUUUCUUCAAGGCCUGCUCAUUCCAGAGCUUCAGGCUGAUUAGAUCCUCCUCAUGAACUUGUUUCACAUUCACCAGAGAAGAUCUAUAUACCAAAGAUCUAUAUUCCAUAGCCAACGCAAGCAUAAAUAGCCAUAGCACCAACCUGUAUAUAGCUAGAGGCUGCAUUCAAACUAUAAUAUUAGACACUGGAGGCUGCAUUCCAGCUAGAGAACACUGCAUAGCAUUGAGAUUACUUGUCCUUUAGUUCUUAAGUGUCACACUUGUAAACGGAUGUUACUUUGGUCUGUAACAACUAACGAGAUAGGGCUGUGCCCAAUUCUUCUCUCUCAGAAAAAACAAAAAAAGAAGGGAAAAAAAAAGUGGGGGAAAGAGGAAUGAUAUUAGUUGAUUUGGUAAUGAAAUGUACAUCUGCUUGAUUUAGCACUACAGAAAUUUAUUAUUUGUUGGGUACUUGUACUAA